AAAGAAAGAAGUGCCGCCAUAGAUUGUAAUCGCAACUAAUAUCAAAAAAUGGUCCGCAAACUCAAACACCAUGAGCAGAAACUUCUCCGAAAAGUCGACUUUCUGACCUGGAAGUCCGACUCCUCCCACCGCGCCCACGACGUCAUGCGCCGCUACCACAUCCAAGACCCAAACACCUACACAAAGUACAACAAGAUAUGCGGCAGCAUCCGCCACCUAGCGCACAAGCUCGCACUACUAGACCCCACCGACCCAGUCCGUCGAAAGCACGAAAAGUUGCUAUUAGAAAAGCUGCACUCGAUGGGGAUAUUGCCGCAGGGGGCCAAGAUGAGCGAUGUGGAGAAUAAGGUUACCGUCGCCGCCUUCUGUCGCAGGAGGUUACCGGUCGUGAUGACGAGGCUAAGGAUGUGUGAGACUGUUCACACUGGUGUGAGGUUUGUGGAGCAGGGGCAUAUUAGAGUUGGACCGGAGGUCGUGGUUGAUCCGGCGUAUUUGGUUACCAGGAAUAUGGAGGACUUUGUCACGUGGGUGGAUUCCUCGAAGAUUAAGAGGACUAUUAUGAAGUAUAGGGAUACGGUGGAUGACUUUGAUUUGCUCUCCUAGGGAGUGGGUGUGUAAUAUACUCGGUUGGGGCUUAAAAGUUUAGUUGUGGGUUUGAUGUUUUUGCUUCCUGGAUGUCAAAGCUGGCUGUGGUUGGUCAUGCCCAGUAUCUUGGUGGUGCUCCUUGAUGCUUGCGUGAUCUCAUCCUGGCCUGUUUCUGUAGGCAUAGGAACCUGAAUUCUACCCUGCAUCAAUGUGUGAUGGCCGGUGAAAACCAAUGGUGAAAACGCCAAUCAUGAUCUACCAGUUAUCGCAUAUCCCCAAGCUUCGUUCAAUAGCCCGUCGCUAUCCGUUGCUAUACGAACAAAGUACACAAAACACCCUUCCCGCCCUUUUCCAUCCUAGCCGGCCACGCCGCGUUGGAAUACCAUUUCGUAUUCCAAA